AUGGAAUGUCGUGGAAUACUAAUAAGAAUUCUCAUUUUGUUGACUCUGGUUUUUGGAACAAAAUCUACAACAACACCUGCACAGCAGGUAAAAACUUCAUGUUCCGUGUGUGAAUCCAUGCCUAUUCCUAAUCUGGACCACGUGAAACUGCUUUUCAGAGACUUGUUCACAAAUAAUAAGGAGUACAGCAAUCUGGUUUUCCCUCACAAAGAUCAGUUAGCGACAAUCAACGUCAACAUGAAAUUUGCACUGUAUUCGAUUCCUGAAUUUGACGAACUUGGAGGAACGCUUAAGGUUAUAGGACGGUUGAAAAUGGCUUGGUUUGACCAUUAUGUUAUUGAAAAGUACACUCCUCAAAAACAUGUUCUCGAAGCAUUAGAUAUUCCUCAAAAUGACAUUUGGCUUCCUCCAAUAACUGUUUUCAAUUCUGUGGAAUCUUUAACUCCAGUAGGGCAUUCUGGUUAUGAGGUGACCAUCACUCUGACCAAUGGUUAUGUACAGUGGGAGAUUGGUGUAGUAACAAAGACUGGAUGUACUGUAGUGGCCUCAGAUUACCCAUUUGAUACACAGUAUUGCACGAUUACUUUCACUCCUUGGGGGUAUUCUAAUAAUGAAGUAUCCAUCCAGACUGACGAGGACAAUAUCAAUAUCGAAGACUUCAUAGAAAACGAGGAAUGGGCUGUAAUAGAUAGUACACAAGAAAUUUACGUGGCCGCCAAUCGCUCUCUGAUUAGCUAUCACCUGACUCUGAAGAGGAGACCCGUCUUCUUCAUCAUCAACAUGAUGGUGCCCAUCGUAUUACUUGGCAUGCUUAACAGUCUCUGUUUUGUUCUACCCAUUGAUUCUGGUGAACGAGUUGGCUUUGCAACAAACGUUUUCCUGACUUUCGCUGUAUAUCUGACAAUACUCUCCGGCGAACUUCCAGUGUCAAAUCCACUUUCGAUAAUGAGUUACUAUGUGGCAGCCAUGUUGUCUGUGAGCAGUAUAACUACCCUUAUUGCCAUUUUUACGAUUCAGGUAUCCAUAUAUGACCCAAAUGAGAAAGUCCCUCCUAUACUUGUAUAUAUUGUCGCCUUUGUCACUUGUCGAGUUUGUCGAAAGCGCUACCGAAUGAUGGGGCUUCAUCAUGAAACAUUUGAGAAGAUGCCACUGGAAGACGAAAUUGCUGAUCCUGUGAUAACUAGCCCCAAUAAUGAAGGCGAGGGGGAAGCGGAUGACAGUGUCGAAAAAUACAGAUUUGGGGUCUCCUGGAGAGUGGUAGGCAAAACCCUGGACAAGUUCUUUUUUCUCUUGUUUUCCACUGGAACUAUUGCAGUCUCAUCCUAUUUUUUGGUUCCUCUUUUCAUGAAAUUGGACACAUCUAUUGCAUAG